UGAUGCAUGUUCUUGUAUCUUUGCUGCUAUGCAUAUUAUUUACGAGUAUUGGUUUUCGUACUCUAGGCCUCAAAGAAGCUGAUGCCAGCAUGAGCUUCUGCAUUGAGAAGGAGAGGCAAGCUCUAUUGGAUUUUAAAGCGAACAUAAAUGACUCGCGUGGGCUUCUAUAUGACUGGGGGAGCCAAAAAGAGUUGGAUUGUUGCAAAUGGGUGGGUGUCGGUUGUAACAACCACACUGGUCAUGUGAUUGAACUUGAUAUUACUUUCUAUGUUGUUGUUGAUCCUUAUAGGGUUUUCAAUGGUAAAAUUAGUCCGUCACUACUAGUGUUAACUCAGCUACAAUAUCUUAACCUGAACUAUAUUGAUUUUCAACUCAAUCCUCUACCCAGCUUUUUAGGUUCCUUGUCCAACUUACAACAUUUGCAUAUUUCUCUUGCUAAUCUUAGUGGACCUAUUCCGCAUCAACUUGCCAAUCUCUCCAACUUGCUUCAUCUUGAUCUUAGUGGCAAUCACUUUCAGGGUUCCAUUCCUUUUUCCUUCGGAGAAUGGACUUCUCUUAUCUAUUUGAACCUCUCACAAAAUCAACUACGAGGUGCUAUUCCAAAAACUUUUGGGAAUUGUUCAUCUCUAGUCGAAUUGGAUUUGUCACAAAAUCUCCUCAAUGGAUCAUUGCCCAAAUUUAUUGGAUGUUCUUCCUUGACUACCUUGUCUCUUGCUUACAAUUCUUUGCAUGGAAGCAUGACUGACUUCAAAGGAUGUACAUCCUUGAAGAAGUUAGACAUCUCUAGUAAUUUUGUGAGCGGAAACAUGUCCAACAGUGAGGGUCAACUUUCAAAUCUAGAAUAUCUUGAUGUUAGUCACAAUUCUUUAAAUGGAAGCAUGCCUGAUUUCACAAUAUGGCAUUCCCUUUUGUUUUUAGACUUGUCUAAUAAUCAGGUAUCUGGUAAUGUACCCGACAGUUUGGGCCAAGUUACAAAUUUAAGAUUUCUUGACUUGUCAUCCAACUCCCUUGAAGGUGUUAUCACUGAAGUUCAUUUUCUAAAUCUUACCCAACUACGUUAUUUGGACUUGUCUUUCAAUUCAUUGGCUUUAGACUUAAGUAUCAAUGGGAGAAUCCCUUUCCAAUUAUCAACAAUAAAAUUGCAAUCUUGCAAGGUUGGACCUAGGUUCCCAGAGUGGCUUAAAACUCAAGAAAAUUUCACACAUCUUGAUAUUUCCAAUGCUGGAAUAUCAGAUGGUGUCCCUGACUGGUUCUGGGACUUACCAGUUGAAUUGGAAUUUCUGAACAUCUCAUCAAAUGAAAUAGAAGGUACAUUACCAAAUAUGACAUGUUCCUUUAAUGGUUAUCCUGGAAUGGAUUUUAGUAAUAAUCAUUUCAGAGGAAGGGUACCACUAGUGUCAUUUUCACUUGCGGCGUUAAACCUCUCUAGAAACAAAUUCUCAGGAACACUUUCUUUCAUCUGUAAUCUUGACAAAACUUUAACUUUUCUUGACCUCUCCAACAAUUCAUUAUCAGGGAGUCUACCAGAUUGUUGGAUGAAAUUCCAAAAAACCCUGGUUGUUCUUAAUUUAUCAUAUAACAAUUUUUCUGGGGAAGUCCCUUCUUCUUUGGGAUUCUUGUCUAACAUAGAGGCAUUAUACUUGCGAGCAAACAAAUUUGUUGGUGAAGUGCCAAUGUCCUUGAGCAACAACAAAAGACUAAGGUUUGUGGAUCUUGGGGAAAAUAAGUUAUCUGGGGUCAUACCAGAAUGGAUCGGGGAAGAACUUUCAGAGUUAUAUGUUCUUGUUUUAGGAUCCAAUAGAUUCUAUGGGAGUUUACCUUCACAAAUAUGUUGGUUGUAUAAUCUUCAACUCCUUGACCUGUCUGAUAAUGGAUUGUCAGGUGAUAUUCCUAGGUGCUUUGAUAACUUUACAUCUAUGGCUCGAGAAAGCGUUGGAGAUGAUAUUACUAGCCAUUCUUAUUCUUCUUUUGUUGGUAUUAUUCCAUGUGACCCCCAUCGUCCCUGCCCCUAUGGACCCCAUGUAGAGGCCCAAUUUUUAGACAAUGCAUGGGUUACAUGGAAAGGAACAGAACGAUCGUUUGGAAAAAGCGGUCUGCAGCUACUGAAGAGCAUUGAUCUUUCAAGAAACAACUUAUCCGGAAAAGUUCCGCAUGAGAUCACCGGUCUUUAUGAAUUGGUUUCGUUAAAUGUUUCCUUCAAUAAACUGCAUGGGGAAGUCCCGAAAGAUAUAGGUUUGUUGAGACAUCUGGAAUCUCUUGACUUGUCAAACAACGAGUUCUCUGGGCAUAUUCCUUGGAGUUUGGCACAAUUAAACUUUCUAAGUUACCUUGAUCUUUCUUACAAUAACUUGUCAGGAAGAAUACCAGCUGGGUCUCAACUCCAACGUUUCAAUUAUACCUCGUACAGUGGUAACCCUCAACUUUGUGGACCUCCACUGACACCAACAUGCGGGUUUCCACCUCCACCGGCUACUGUUGUUGGAAAGAAAGAUGUUGAGCAAGAUGAAGAUGACUAUUGGAAAUCAUAUUACAUAGGUAUGGGUACUGGAUUUGGGGUUGGAUUUUGGGGAAUUUGUGGUCUUUUAAUUUUAAACCGCCGCUGGAGAUAUUUCUUUUUUGCUUCGUUGAGUUACAUACAGGAUUGGAUAUAUGUAACUGCGGUUGUGCAUUUUCACAAAUCUCUAGAAUCUCUUGACUUGUCUUGAAUCUCUUGACUUGUCAAGACAUUGUCGGAUGCAUGAUGACAUGGGGUGGCUGAUAACUGGCAUGGGUGAAAUGUAUAAGUAUAUGAGUAUAUCGCUUCCACCCCGUCCACCACCACGAGUUUAGCUGGAUCGGGGCCAUUCUAUAUGCAAUAGCCCAACCCGUCCAUGCCAUCCUUUACUCAGCCCAUCACGUCCAUGUCGGUCUUUACUCAGCCCAUCCCGUCCAUGCAGGCUUUCGGCCCGUCCUAUACUCAACCCGAUUUCCAUGCCUCAUUUUCCUCAGUCUGGCUAGACCAUGCCGCUCUUUCCUCUGUCCGACCUUUCCAUCCAAGCUCUAGGCACGCCCUAUACGUUGCACAGCUCGUCACCCUCUACUAGGCGUGGCCCGAACUUUACGGAGGAGGAGCUCGUGGAGUCUGACGAGGAUUGAUGACGAUAGUGGUUUAUGUUAUUUUUAUUUGACGCAGUACUAUACAAACAAUUUAAUUUUCAGUAUUUGUAAUAUUUGUUUUGUGACAACUCGA